AUGACAAGGGUUGUUUUUACUUUCUUUUUGUUUUGUUUUCCCUUUCCUUCUCAUUUCUUCAUUUUCAUCUUCUUUACAUAUCUUUUUUUCCUUUCUUUUUCACUUCUUUUUCAUUUUUGUUCAUUUUUUUUUUUAUCUCUCUCUUCUGUCUGUUUUCUCCAGCAUUUUUCUUUCAUUCAGUUUCUUUGUUUUUCUCUUUCUCUUUCUCUUUUCUUUUUGUUUCUUUUUUCAUUUUCCUCCCUUUUUUUUUUCUUUGUCUAUGUUUCAACCUUUUCUUACUACUUUUCAUAUCUAUCUCUGGGGCUUUUCUUUAUAUAUCUAUCUAAGGCUUUUCAUAUAUCUAUCUAUCUAUCUAUCUAUCUAUCUAUCUAUCUUUUCUAUCUGUCUCAAGCUUUUCAUAUCUGUCUAUCCAUCUGUUUAUCUAUCUCAGGUUUUUCAUAUCUAUCUACCUAUCUUGUAUAUCUAUCUAAGGCUUUUCAUAUCUAUCUGUCUGAAGAUUUUCAUAUCUAUCUAUCUAUCUAUCUAUCUAUCUAUCUAUCUAUCUAUCUAUCUAUCUAUCUAUCUAUCUAUCUCAAACCUUUCAUAUCUAUUUAUCUUCUUUUCUGUCUUGAACUUUUCAUAUCUAUCUAUCUGUCUAUCUAUCUAGGGCUAUCUCAACAAUUUUUUUUCUCCCUUUCUUAUAGUUUCUCUUUUUUUUGUCUUUCCUUUCUUUUUUUGUUUUCCUUGUCUAUUUUCCCAUUUUUUCUUUGCUCCAUUUCUUUCUUUUUCUCCUUUCAUUUGUGUGUCUUUUUUUCUUUUAAUUUUCUUUUAACUUUUUCUGCUUAUUAUCUUUCUAUCCUUCAUCCAUUUAUCUGA